AUGCCUUGCUCCAAGCAGCCUAAUCACUUCCAGAGUCUGAUGCUUCUGCAGUGGCCCUUGAGCUAUCUUACCAUGUUUUUGAUCUUGCAGCCAUUGUUCAUUUACCUGCUGUUUACAUCCUUGUGGCCGUUACCAGCGCUUUACUUUGUCUGGUUGUUCCUGGACUGGAAGACCCCUGAACGAGGUGGCAGGCGUUCAGCCUGGGUAAGGAACUGGUCUGUCUGGACCCACAUCAGGGACUAUUUCCCCAUUACGAUCCUGAAGACUAAAGACCUGUCACCUGAGCACAACUAUCUCAUGGGGGUGCACCCCCAUGGCCUCUUGACCUUUGGUGCCUUCUGCAACUUCUGCACUGAGGCCACAGAUUUCUCGAAGAUCUUCCCAGGCAUCACUUCUCACUUGGCUACGCUGUCCUGGUUCUUCAAGAUCCCCCUUAUUAGGGACUACCUCAUGGCCGAAGGUGUGUGCUCUGUUAGUCAGCCAGCCAUUGACUACCUGCUGAGCCAUGGCCCUGGCAACCUCGUGGGCAUUGUAGUGGGAGGAGUGGGUGAGGCCCUGCAAAGCGUGCCCAACACCACCAACCUCAUCCUUCAGAAGCGCAAGGGGUUUGUGCGAACAGCCCUCCAGCACGGGGCUCAUCUUGUUCCCACCUUCACUUUUGGAGAGACAGAGGUGUAUGAGCAGGUGUUAUUCCCUAAGGAUAGCCGGACGUACAAGUUCCAGAGCUGGUUCCGCGGUAUCUUUGGUUUCUAUUUUUGUGUCUUCUAUGGACGAAGCUUCCGCCAAGGCACCAUUGGACUCCUGCCAUACGCUCGGCCUAUCGUCACUGUGGUUGGGGAGCCUCUGCCACUGCCCAAAAUUGAAAAGCCAAGCCAGGAGAUAGUGGAUAAAUACCACGCACUCUAUAUGCACGCCUUGCAGAAGCUGUUUGACCAGCAUAAGACUCUGUAUGGCGGCUCAGAAACACAAGAGCUGGUUUUCCUGUGA